CACCACCACAAAAAGAAUCGAGUCUUUGUGUCCACUGUGAGGCGAGGGAGCGGCGCGGAACAAGUAAUUAAAUUGACACGAAGCCACGGAAUCGGCACACGCCCUCGUUCUUCCACGCUUACGACCGCAGCCACCCGUACGGUAUCAACCAGAAUUCUUCUUUAUGGUCCAUGGUAAUCCGCCGCUCGACGGUGGAUCUGGAAUCGGGAUCGGCGCCGCCGCCGGUGGCAUCUUCUCGGUUCACCACCGCCAGCAGCAGAGUAGGAACCUGGGCGUGGCGGUCCCGGGCCUCGUCGGCUACCCGGCCGUCAUGUCGUCCGAGGACGCCGCCAAGAAGGUCCGCAAGCCCUACACCGUAACCAAGUCCAGGGAGAGCUGGACUGAGCAAGAGCACGACAAGUUCAUCGAGGCUCUCCAGCUUUUCGAUCGUGAUUGGAAAAAAAUAGAAGCAUUCGUUGGCUCAAAGACAGUUAUCCAGAUAAGGAGUCAUGCACAGAAGUACUUUUUAAAGGUUCAAAAGAAUGGAACUGGUGCACAUGUCCCACCCCCUCGGCCCAAGCGUAAAGCAGCUCAUCCAUAUCCACAGAAAGCCUCUAAAAAUGUUCCUCUGCUAGUUCACCCAAGUACAUUGCAAGCUUCAUUUUUGCUUGAACAAGGCUAUGGUCAUGGGGCAGAUUCAUCUACAAAGUCUAGAAACUCCUUUGCAGAUACUGAAAGGUCUAGAGGAGCUAUUGUAGUUGAUAAUUGCCAUUCAAAUAGCACUAAAAGCCCUCGUGAAUCUCAGCCAAAUUAUGAGGAUAACGAUAAAACGAACCAAAUCUCAUCACAUAAUGUUAUGCCAGACUUCGUUCAGAUAUACAACUUUUUAGGCAGCGUUUUUGAUCCAAGCACAAGUUGUCAUUUACAGAAGCUAAAAGAGAUGGACCCUCUUGAUGUUCAAACGGUUUUACUGUUAAUGAGAAAUCUCUCCAUCAAUUUGACUAAUCCUGAUUUUGAAGGCCAUGUAAAUCUCUUCUCUAUGACCAGUUUUUCUGUGUUCAGAAAACUAGAUCUCUUUAUUUCAGUUCAUACAUCUGUUACUGCCAUGCAUAUUUGGAGUAUAUCAUUUUUAUUGGGAAAUCCAGCUUAGACGCCAUGGCUAUGGCCAUCAUAUCAUGUGUUCACCAAACUACCUAAUCUUACAUUUUAGCAUUGCAUGUGGCUCGUCCAUGUUGCCCAUGGCACAGGGUGGCAACCUGAAAUGUGCUUCUUGAUGGUAUUCUUAUAUGUUCCAACCAAGAACAAAAUUUUUAUAAGUGCCACAUACAUACAUACAAACAUAUAUAUAUAUAUAUAUAUAUAUAUAUAUAUAUAUAUAUAUAUAUAUACGUCUCUUGCAUGAAGCACAUGACUGGUUAGUCCUAGAUGGAUGGCAUGAGUUAGCUUAAGCUCUUGGGUUAUAUAGGUGUUCAAUUACCUAUAUUAAUGCUUGCUUAUUUGAUGUACUUGUAGAAGGUAUAUCUUCCCCGAGUUUAAUUGAUUCUAUUGAAGGCUUAAAAUCAUUGGUUUAGCUUAGAUGGCAAAUGGUAAACUAUUACUGAGUUAUUGAUUAAGCAGAAUGAAAAGGAUUAUGCAGGUGUUCCCAAACAAUUCAGCAGAAUGAAUGGGCUAUGUUGGCAUUCCCAAACAAAGUCAUAUCAGUCAUUAGAUAACCUGAAAAGCUAGUGGUUUGCUUGAGCUGUUGCAAUAGUGUGUAGUUCAUUAUAUUUGAAAAAUGCUAUAAAACACUUGGCAUGAGAAUUGUUAAAUUUCUAAGAUUGCAUGAUUCAAUCCAUUAGAAUGUGAUGUGUAUAUACAAGAAAAUUGAAUAGGUGUUACUUUUAGCUGUUUUAGGAGAGACAAUUGUGACCCAAUUUAAUGGAAACUUCACAUGAGCAGGAGUUUGCUAUAAACACAUCAGAUUGAUUAGUUCCAUAAGGCUAUGAUUUUGGAAAAAAUAAUGUUAAAUGUAUGAUAUUGCUCAUUAUCUAAUAGUUUAGGCUUGUGUUGUAGUAGCGUAAACUGCCUAUGUUAAUUCUUGCCUUGUUAAGUUUAUUUCCCAGAAAUAUAUCUCCCUACUAGUUCACUCAUGAGAAUGUUUUAGUGUUGUAUGAAAUGACAUUUCUCUAUUAUAUUGCAAAAUCCUACUUAGGAGGUAUGGCUUCUGGUGCAUGGACUAUUUUCAAUGCCACGAAUACAUUGUGAUAUUCAACCUGAUGUACAGCCACAAUAUUACGUAUAACUUUAUCUCUGAAACUCUUAAAGUUUUAUAUCUUUGUUAUAAGUAAGUAAAUUUUCAUCUCCUACUCCAUCUGGAGAUCAUUAUAGAAGUGGAUGGGUCUUGUCUCAAGUUUCAAGCUGUAUAUGGAAAGUCAAGAUACAAUCUUUUUCAUUUACACUAAAACAGAACCUAUUACUACAUGCAGUUACAAUUUAUAGGGAAAGUUUAGAUACAAUCUUUUGUAUUUACAUUUCUAUUAAACUUAUUACAUCAAAUGACAGUUUGUUUCAUGCAGAUAAGGUUACUUGUGUAUGAUUCUGACCUAGUAGAAUUUAAAGCAGCCAGUGCUGACAAGUUACUUAUUACCAAGUAACAUUUGUAAUUCUCUAUACAUGGUGAAAGGUAAAUGAUGGUUUGAUUACCAAACCUUUCACAUAGAAAGAUGUUUGACCGUCUAUACUUUUCUCAAGGGAGAAUUAUUAGCUCUGCAGUCGACAAAGUGGAACUGUAGGUUUCAUUCCACAGACAAAGCCUUGCUAUUGGUGUAUAUAAACAAUUACAUCGGAAGUGGUUAUGGUGAUGUUCCUCUGCUUCACAUUCCAACGUCUUGAGGCCUCACUACUAUGUUAUCAGCAUCAGUUCUUGUAACAUUGGCAAAGAUCUAGCUCAUGGAAUUGUUUGUGAAAUGCCUUCUGUGAAGUCUACUCUCGUUAUUCCCGAGUUCACAGCCAUCUGAGCCAUACUGCAAAUUCUUGACAGGGCUGUUCCUGAGAUGAAUCACAACUACUGAUGCUUAUAAUAGAUAAUGUUGCAAGUUAAAUCCAAACCAUUUCUGUUUUUAAGGGAAGAAAUGUCUCGUUCUCAGUUGUUGGCUCUGCUACUGUCCAUUUCGAGGACAGGAAACCCAAUGUGCACACUGCAGAUUCCUUAAUACCUUAUGUUCCUUAUCAACUGAGGGUAAUUCAUGAGGUAAUUUAUCA